UGAAGUUUCGCUUUCAGUUUUGCAAAUGGCAGAGAGAACAUGAAUUUGCAUGAAAUGGCAGCAUAACAGUGAUGCAGCAGUAUUUAAAAAACGCCAACAGUGCACUGCAUACAUCUUACUUUGGGCAUGUCAAAAGCAUCCUGCAGAAAGCAAGUUAGUGGCGAGAACAUGCAGCUGAGUGAGGAGCAGCUGCAUCAGAUAGAGCAAAACAGACGCGCCGCACUGGAACGACUGGCCAGACGAAAUGUACCUGUACCUGUUGGUGAAAGCUGGCGAAGACAAAUUGGGACUGAAUUUGCAAAACCUUAUUUUACGAAACUAAUGUCUUUUGUUACAAUGGAGAGGAAAUGCUUUACUGUCUAUCCCAGCCCUGAGCAGGUGUUUUACUGGACAACUUUGUCUGCAAUUGAAGAUGUAAAAGUGGUAAUUCUUGGGCAAGAUCCCUAUCACCAUCCAGGUCAAGCUCAUGGUUUGGGCUUCAGUGUGCUCAGGCCUAAACCUCCUCCUCCAAGUUUAGAAAACAUAUUUAAGGAGCUGACAGAAGAUAUUAUUGGUUUCCAGCACCCAGGUCAUGGAGAUCUCACAGAAUGGGCUAAACAGGGUGUUCUGCUGCUGAAUUCAGUGUUGACAGUGAGGGCUCAACAACCCUGCUCUCAUGAGGGUCAAGGCUGGGAGCUCUUCACAGAUGCUGUGGUCCUUUGGCUCAGCAGGAACCUCAAUGGCCUGGUCUUUCUGCUUUGGGGCUUGCAUGCUCAAAGAAAAGGCAGAGUGAUUGACAGAAAAAGCCAUCAUGUCCUUGAGACUUCACAUCCAUCACCAUACUCGGCACAUUUCGGCUUCUUUGGAUGUAGGCACUUUUCUAAAACUAACUUGCUACUUAAAGCAACAGGAAAGAGUCCGAUUGAUUGGACAGCUCUCUAAAAUAAUAUUGCGCUAUUUAUUCUUUAAAACUUUUUUUUGUAUAACAGAGGGGCUAUGGACAUUUACUAUUCUACAUUACAGUUAAAUGUGUUGCAUUUUAUGCUGCAGUUUUGUUGCAAAUGGGUCACAACUCCCUGUAGUGAAGUUGACCUUGUAAUCAUCAUGCCAGUUGUUAUAAAGCAAAUAAAAAAUAAUUUGGACAAUAAAUUAAUAAUGAAUGUAGUCAUUCAUUACAUAGUCAUAUUAGCCAAAAGGAGUGUUAUUUUUAAUGGACUGAACACAUAUUUCAGCUUCAUAUUAAAAAGUAAAAAAAAAAAACCUGUUAGAUGGCCUAGACAGAUAUUUAAACUAAGAUGAAAAAUAUUAAAUCAAAAUGCUCAGGAUGAAAUGUGAUUUUAAGAUAUAAUUUUGGAUAGAUAGAAGUAGCAGAAAGAAACAUGUAAUAGCAUUAAACACAAUCCUUUUGAAAAACUAAUGUAUUGCCCAAAAAGUUAGUGAUUUUUAGACAACGCAAUGCUGAUUUUAAUAGCUUCUUUUGAAUUGUACAAAAAAAAAAAUCACAAUGUAUUGUAUAUAGAUCACACCGUGUAGUCUGUGUAGCGUGUGACACGUGGUUAGCGCGUCUUACUAGCGUAACAUUCAAUAGGCCAAAUGAUCAGAAGAAAAGUGCGACUACUGGAGAGAGGAAGACAGCACAACAGGUGAGUGAACAAUCAAUACAAAGACUUCUUUAUGAUUCAGUUUGGGUUUUGUAUUAAGAG